AUGAGACUCCUCCCCUUGACUCUGCUUGGCCUAACUGCCUCUGCCGUUGGCCAGUCCUCCUCGUCCUCCGAUGUGCCCAGCCCAACCACCCCGGCUGUGGCUGAGGCAGCUCAACCCUCCCCUGAUAUCUCAGGCCUGAUCGAUGCUGCUGCCAGCGACAGCUCCGCCAUUGACGCCUUCUUCAAGUGCCUCUGGCCCACUACCGACCGCGUUGUGUCUGAGAUCGUCAACCUCAAGACCGUCGACUUCGACAAGCUCAUCGACGAGCUGCACUGGGAAAUCCUCUGGUGGGGACAUCCUGAGAAGUGGGUGCCCGAUCUUGCCGGCAUCACGCUGAAUGUCACCUUUGUCGCGGCCUGCGUCCUUGAAGUCGUUGGCGAGGGCCUCGCAGUCACCGGUCUCGACUUCACCAACGAGUUCCUCAAGACCCUCGACUUGAUUCCUCGCAAUGCAAGCAACACCGAUAUCCCGGGCCUGCGGAAGUAG